AUACGUUUUACUGUCUUAAUUUCUCUCUCGAUUCUUGUUUUGUCCAAAAACCACAAUGUCAAAAGCAACGAGCGGUGAGGAAAGAAUGUUUUGCGGUCACUGCGGCGUUAACACUCCUACCCGCCGUGAAGGAACCGCUGGUUCCGUCAAGUCUUGCAAUUGGUGUGGGAAAGUGCUGGCGGAUGAAACUGGGACCGCCGAAGAAUAUAAUAAACUCUUCCUUCUACGUCAAACUUUACAAGACGCCGUCUCUGUUUCCGGCAAGAGAAGCCGACGUAUAAAAAAGAAUGUAAACUGAUUUUAUCGUUCAAUUUUGGGUUAAUUAGACAAAUAUAUCUGAAUUAUAUUUGGUGGUUAUAUGGAUAUGUUUAGGUUAUUAUAUUCUGUCUUUUUGUUUACAGCCAUAAUUUGUCCUCUAAUAAAAACAUUCUUUUUUGCUUAACAAAGUACACUUAUGUAAAUAUAUAACAAAUUAUUUUUGAACUCAAGAGAAACA